GUAAUGUCGGUGAGUUAUGUUUGGCGUAUUUGUAUUGGGUGUGUGUUAGAAAUGCGUUAAUUACAUGAUAAUAUGUUGGCGUAGGAAUCGGAGCUUUACCCAUAACCUCCUUUCGUGUUAUUGGAGUAGAUACGGAAUUAAGUUGUGUGUGUCAGAUGUGUCCAUCAUUUUGGAUUAUUCAAAAAGUUUGGUGGCGUUAUUUAUUUACAGAAUCGGAAAAGUGUUAAAGUGAGUAAUCUAGUAUGUGUUUACUAGGACCCGGGUGCGAUUCGGGCUCCCAAAAUGAAGGAAAGCAUCCGUUGCUGACUAUAACGGCGGGGUGUUGGCAACGAUCGGCCGUGCUAGAUCGCAGCCGUUUUUCUUAACAUGGCUGCAACGCAGGCCGAAAAGCAGCAAAAUGACGUGAAUUGUGAGAAAGUGCAGCCGGAUCAGCAUCUGAACGUGCGGAAUUCCUUGUUGCAAAAUGGGACCGAUAAGAGUGGAGUUCGCGGAGGCGGCGGUGUAGCGGUCGCCAAGGCGAAAAACACCGGCGGCAAAAACCUCGUCACUGAAAUGAGUCAAUAUCGCUCGGACGGCAGCGGCGGUCCUACGGCCACCACGGGGACUCCUGGUGGUCCUCCCGACCCGGGCCCCGAUGCCGAGCCGGGGUCCGGCAGCGCGCCCCCCGACGCGGCCGCCUUUCCUGUCGAGGGCCCCCCCGCCGAUGGGCACGGCUAUGGCUUUUCCUACGGCCGCGACGUCGUUCACAACACCGCCGAGGGCGUCCACGCGUUCGGUCCGCGGCAGACUUACGGGGGCUCCAAGCAGGCGCCCGGGGCACCCUAUCCUCAAAGAUUCGUUUCGGGGCAGACUCUUUCGCAGCCCACCGGCCCGACCCCAACGCUCAACCAGCUGCUUCAAAGCUCCAACCCGAUGCCCCCGCAUCGAUAUCAGAACAGCUACGGCCACCCCGACCAGCCGUAUAACCAGGGGUGGCCACCCCAGAAGCCGAUGCCCACCUACGGGACUCCCCCGGCGCCGCAACCGGGGGUCUCGCCGACACCUUACCGCAACCAACCUACGCUAUCGCCGGCGUACAGUGGCGGUUCGGCACCCAGUCCUGGCUACGGGGAGGGCCGAUCAGGGUGGGCCGGGCCCCCGGUGUCGGGACAGCACGGCCCCGGAAGCCCCGGCCCUCCGAACACGACGGCACCGACAAGUCAGCCCUCGCCACAGCCUCCCAUCAGUCACUCUCCAGGGCCUGGCCUCCCGCCCAGCCCACAACACCAGCAGCAACAGCCACCCCAGCACCAGGGUUUCCCGAACCGGCCAGCCCAGCCGACUACUCCCAACGCACACGCGCCAGAUGCAGCGGAUUUGAGCGGCGGUAACAGCAAUGACAGUUCCGGAGGACCAGCUCCGGGCACACCAAAUUCCCAAGGGAUGAGGCCCACACCUUCUCCCACGGGAUCGACGGGAUCGCGCUCCAUGUCUCCCGCUGUCGGUCAGCAAAACAUUCCGAUGCCUCCUCGGCCGUCCAGUGGUCAAUCAGAUGGCAGUGGAUCAACACGAAUGAGCCAUUCGCCGAUGGCAACGCAAGGCAGCUAUUCGGCGCAGCAUUCGUCGCCCCAUCCGGCCCACGUUCAUGGUUACAAGGGCCAUCCCGGCAUGGUGUCCGGCCCUGGCCCAGCCGGUCAACAGAUGCCACUUUAUCAGCCGAACCAACAGUACCCACAAGGCGGUUAUCCGCCGAGGCCCCAAGCCAACAUUCAGUAUCCCGGUCAGGGCUACGGCCCUCCGGCGUCCCAAGCGCCACCGCCCAACAACAUGUCUCCUCAACAGUAUCCGAAUCGGUCGUCCAAUCAUAUGCCGAAUUCCCAGUUUCAACCUUAUCAACAAUCGUGGCAAGGACCGAUGACGUUAGCGAAAGGUAACGGACCGCCGCAAGCACCAGGAUCACCCUCGCCAGGUCCCCCGGGACCACCGCCGCGACCUCCGCACUACCUCAAACAACAUUUACAACAUAAAAUGGGUUUCGGUAAUGUACCUGGAUCGGCACCACCGAGUCCUAGUCCGCCACAGAAUUACCACAUGGGUCCGCCACCUGCGGGACACCAUCAUACGGGAAUGGGACCGCCACCAACGAUGGGACCGCCGCCGAAUAUGCCACCCACGAGCAGUCCUCUAAUGCCUAAUAGUCAUUCACAUGACGGUCCGAUGCCGCCACCAAGUUCUACACCGAAUUCCCAUACGCAAAUGGGUUCCGAAAUGAUGGAUAAUGGUAUUACGACAACUGCACAAGGUGGGAUGAGUACUCACGUAACCACGGCGGCGGGAGGAUCUGUUACUUCUGUUGUUACAACAGGACCCGAUGGGACACCUAUCGAUGAAGGAUCGCAACAAUCCACAUUGUCAAAUGCAUCAGCCGCUUCCGGCGAAGAUCCCCAGUGUACCACACCAAAAUCGAAUCGGAAAAAUGAAAUGGGUCACUAUAGCCAUCCGACGACGCCGCAAAGUACAGUGCCAUCUCCUGGUGCAGCAAGUAUGAAUUCAAUGCAUGACGACUAUGAAUUAAGCAGUCCAAGUUGGCCAAGGACCCCUGCAAGUCCAGUGUUUAACAGUCAUGUGCCUCCUCCGGACACGUAUCGCUCAAAGAAAACUGAUAGCCUCAGCAAGUUAUACGAAAUGGAUGACAGUCCAGAUAGACGUGCUUGGUUAGAUAAACUACUCACAUUUAUGGAAGAAAGAAGAUCACCAAUCACCACUUGCCCUACUAUUUCUAAGAACCCGCUUGAUUUGUUCCGUUUGUAUGUCUAUGUUAAGGACAGGGGUGGUUUCUUAGAGGUUACGAAAAACAAAACAUGGAAAGAUAUCGCUGGAAUGUUGGGUAUCGGUGCAUCUUCAAGUGCAGCAUACACAUUGAGGAAACACUAUACUAAAAAUUUAUUAGCUUAUGAAUGUCAGUUCGAUCGAGGAGGAAUUGAUCCUCAACCUAUAAUAAAUCAAGUUGAAGCAACUUCGAAAAAGAAAUCAGCUAAAGCCGCCUCGGUGCCUUCACCAGGCUCUUCCAAUUCUCAGGAUUCUUUUCCGGCACCUGGUUCCGGUGGUACAUCAAUGGAUGGAUAUGGUUACGGAUAUCCACCAGCUGGAAAUCCAGAAUAUAAUCCUCAACAGAGGCCAUCUUCACAAUCUAACGCGCCUUCUCCGCAUGGAGGUGAGUCAUGUUCAGGAGGGGCUAAUCAUUUAAACAAUGCCGCCCCUGGGGGUCCUAGCCCUGCAGGCGGGGCUGCCGACAACGUAAGCGUUUCAAACCCUUUUGAUGAUGUGUCUCCCAGUCCACCACCACGGGGUGGCCCCUUUCCAGGUGGACCGCACCCUCCUUAUCCUUCAGGCACUCCACCUAGACCGCAGGGAUUUAGCGGACAGGCUGGAUACAAUCAGUAUCCAAGUCCUGGUCCUGGUGCUCCUCCAGAUCAGUAUUCUACGUACCCAGCUAGUUCAGGUUAUCCACCAGCCGUUAGACCAGUGUAUCCUCCAUAUUCAGGUGAUUCAGGAGCACCACCCCCGCCGAAUCCGAACAAUACACCACCUGGUGGUCCGCCGGCUGCCGGACAAGAUCCAUAUUCACGUUAUAAUAUGGGUGCAGCACCAACAUCGACAUACACGCCGAGGCCAAACUACACAGGCGCACCGGGAAAUACAGGGCCGCCAACCUCACAACCACCAGCCGGACCUUAUACGACACAACAAGAUUAUUAUAGGCCGGAACAGAAUUAUCCUAAUCAGCAGGGUCCUUCGGCAACGGGUAAUUAUCCCGGAGGACCGCCGGCUAAUAAGAAUAUGCCUCCACCUGGACCACAGCCAACAAGGCGACAUCCAGAUUUUGUCAAAGAUCAACAGUCUUAUCCAUUUGGACAGCAAAGACCACAUAUUUAUGCAUGGUCGAACAACAACCAGUACAGGCCACAGCAGUAUGGUGCAUCUGGAGGUCCUCAAGUGGGUACUCAGCAGUGGAAUCAAGGAGGAAGGCCGGCUGGUGGUCAAUGGGAUCGUUAUCCGUCUGGUAAUCAGGGUUAUCAGCCUCCGCAAUCCGGUCAGGGGCAGUGGUCUUCAAUACCGGCGCCUGGUGUUGGUCAGAAUCCACCGUUGAGGCCACCUCUUGGCGGUCCACGUCCUGGUAAACCGUUUACGAUGAUGCCACCACAAGGUGGUAAAGGAAACCAAGCGACAGCGUUAACGAAUAGUUCGUAUUCGCAAAGUCAGUUACCGAAGAGAGAAAUAACGUUUCCUCCUGAUAGUGUUGAAGCAACAUUGCCGGUAUUAUACAGGCGUAAAAGAUUAUGUAGAGCUGACAUUGGUCAAGUUGAUCCUUGGCGUAUCAUAAUGUGUUUGCGUUCUGGACUUUUAUCUGAAAGCACAUAUGCUUUGGAUAUCUUAAAUGUUUUGUUAUAUGACGAUUCGUCUGUUGGUUAUUUCGGAUUGAAUCAAUGGCCUGGUCUUUUGGACAUAUUGAUUGAACAUUUUCAAAAGGCGUUAAGUGACAUUUUUGAUGGACCUUAUCCACGAGAAGAAAAACCAGAUGAAUCUGACGUUGAUUUGGGAGGUGUUGUAACACCGAUAGAUCCAAAUCAAAAAUCUGUUUUAUUGCAAAAUACAAAUAACUAUACAUUUGUGACACGGAAAGGUUAUCCCGUCAAAAUGGUUGAUCGUAGCGAAGAAAUUUUCAUUCAGGAUCAUCAGAAAGACUGGGAUGUGAAAGGUGAUGCUACCGGUGCUAGUAUUUUAGCUGAAAUGUCAACGGAUCCUUGGCAAUCAAGGGCGGACCACAUACUUCCAAUGUUUCAAGCGGAAUUCGGUCGAAUACCGUUCCAUCGACGUCUAGAGGAUAAAAAGAAAGAAAGAAGUAGUAGGGAUUCAAUAGAAGAGCGUCAACGAACACCGUCGCCACCAGACGAAGCACCACCGCCUCCUAAAACUAGUGACAAAAAACGUAGGACAAAGACAUUAAGUGAUGUGAUAUCUCGAAUUAAAAAAGAUUCAACUGAAGCGAACGGUGUGCUCACAUUAGAGACGACAACUGUAACUGAUAAAGUUAAGACUGAUGUAGUAGUGAACUGUGAAGAACAAAGUGUAGAUCUGAACGCAGGUAGUGUAAACGGGGAGUGCGGGAAAGAUAAUACUAGUAGUGGACCACAAGUGCGAGAUCCUGUAGGAAGAUUGAAACGUCGUCGUUCUUUGGAUUGUGAAGACGAAGCAUACACUAGAGAUGAAGCAAGUCUAGUGCUUAUUACUGAAAGCCAAGACAAUAUCGGAAAAAGAUGCGUAUGCAUAUCUAAUAUACUUAGGAGCCUUACGUUUAUUCCCGGCAAUGAGAGCGAAUUCGCACGUAAUUCGACUUUCUUAGCGAUAGUGGGAAAAUUACUCUUGCUUCAUCAUGAGCAUCCGCCUCGUACACAGAAAACAAGAAAUUACGACCGUGAGGAGGAUGCCGACUUUGCCGAUUCAUGUAGCAGUUUGCAAGGUGAAAGUGAAUGGUGGUGGGAUUUCCUAAUUCAAAUUCGAGAGAACAUACUUGUGUCAAUAGCCAACAUUUCGGGUCAGAUCGAUUUCAACGUGUAUCCAGAAGAGAUUGUAAGGCCUAUAUUGGACGGUUUACUUCAUUGGGCGAUAUGUCCAUCGGCAAGCGGCCAAGAUCCGUUCGCUUCAGUGGGUCCUUCAUCGCUGCUGUCUCCUCAACGGCUGGCUUUGGAGUCGUUGUGCAAGCUUUGUGUUACAAACAAUAACGUCGAUUUGGUGAUAGCAACGCCGCCGUUUUCGAGAUUGGAGAGGCUUUGCGCUGUGCUGACGAAACAUCUCUGUCGGUCCGAAGAUCAAGUGUUGCGCGAAUUUUCGAUAAAUCUGUUGCAUUAUCUGGCGGCGGCCGAUAGCAGUAUGGCACGGACGGUAGCGUCACAAACGCCGUGCGUCUCACUACUGGUGGCUUUUAUAGAGCAAGCCGAACAAAGCGCUUUGGGUGUGGCGAACCAACAUGGUAUAGGUGCAUUACGAGAUAAUCCCGAUUCGAUGGGAACGAGUUUGGAUAUGUUGAGAAGAGCGGCGGCGACGUUAGUAUUUCUGGCAAGGCAUCCCGAUAACAAACCGUUGUUGGUUCAACAAGAAUCUAGGUUGUUGGCGCUUGUUAUGAGUCAAAUAUUAGAUCAGCAGGUGGCACUCCUGCUUUCCAAAGUACUAUUUCAAAUAUCUCGCAGCUAAUCCCUCUGUAGAUACUCUUGCGGCCUUGGACUGGUGUACAGACCUAUGUAUAGCGUGAAUAGUUAAACUUUACCAAUGAACAGUGUGUAUGUGUGAGUGUAAUGGGACAAAUGGCGAGAGUCGCCGUGAGAUCCGGAUCUCCGAUAGCUAAUGAAUUUCACCUAGUGUAACCAACCCAUAAUUGUACCAUUUUGUAAAUUAAGCAAACAUACGUCUUUCUGGAAAUGUCAAACAUCCAUGUUACUUAUGUAUUUAUUAAUUUGAAUAACAGAGUACGGUAGUGCUGUAGCUCUCGAGUUGCCUGGUAUGGUGGUCAUCCCUCUUGUUUUUCCUGCGCACUCAGUUCUCUUAUUUCAUGUUUGGUAUUACUGUGCGAAUGCUUUAUACAUGUCUGAUAAUGAAAUAAAUAAAUGUACAAAGGAAGUACCGAAAA